GUGCAUUUGGCUAGCAGGGCCAAUUUGGCGUCGAAACGAACCGUCUCUAGCGGGUCAUACUGAUGCGCCCACUCCCUCAUCCGAUAUGCGACGACGCGCGCUUCUGCCGCUUCUUCUCGCAGCAGCGGCGCCCAGCGUCCGCGCGGACGACGGCGACAGCCACCUCGUCACGGUAGUUCUUAUUGGUGUCGGCGUCGGCCUCGUCGUGGCCGUCGCGCUCAUCUUUGUGCUGCGCAAGUGCUGCAAGCGCCAGGCCAAGGCGCCGCAGUUUGAAGACUUUGUCGACCCCGUUGACGCCAUGGAGGCGCCGCGCCCGCGCAAAGACAUACAUGCAUCGCGCUUCCACCAUUUGCAGCGGGAGACGGAAGCCACGUCGCCGUCCGAGUCGCUUGCGCAGGACCCGAUGCACUCGGUGUACAAGCAGCCGCCGAUGCCAACGUCGCCGGUCACCAGACACGCGCCUGCAGCCGCCAGGCCUGCGCCGUCGUACCAGCCGCCACCUGCUGGCAAACCGGCGUUGCCACAAGCUGCAAGGCCGCAGGCAGCGCCCGUGAGCUUUCGCUUCAACGUGGACCCAGUCGCACCGGACGAUAUCAACUACGGCCUGAGCUUAUCGCCGACGACAACGGCUCCAGCGCCAGCUGAAGCGGCACCACCGAUCGCGCCGCGGCCUCCACCCGUCGUUGUCAAGCCGCUGCCCGUUGCCGCCACGCCCGAGCCGCGGCCGACCCGCGCGUCCCGGACGUCCCACGCCUCGCAGCAUGUCACGCCGCCGUUGCGGUCGACGUCGUCGUCGUCGCACGCGUCGCCACCAAAAUUGCACUCAGUCUUUGACGCACCGAUCGAGCUACCCCGGGAGCAACCAAUGGCAAAGAUGCCCUCUAAGUUCAACGCGCCGAUCGAGCUGCCGCGAGAAGCACCGAGAGCACCGCGUUCCAAGCCGCACCAAACGCCAGAAAUGCGCGCCGCCAAGAAAGCGGCACUUAUCAACCAGCUCGGUGCGUCGCGCGUCCCGACGAUGCCACAGGACCCACCCCGGCGCGCCCCCGAACCACUGCACCGCGCCCCCGAGCCACUGCACCGCGCCCCCGAGUCGAUCUACCAACGCCCCGCACCACAAGAACCUCCGCGUGCCGUCGAUGUGCACCGCGCACCGGAGGCGAAGCGUCGGCCGAGUGGGCCCGAAGGAGGGUUCUUGCCGCUGCCGGUUGCCCCGGCAUAUCAGCCCGCGGCCUUGGGUCCGAGUCCCGCGCCAUCGCGCUUCCAUGUGCCCUACCCGGAAGAAGAGGACGCGUACUUGACGUGUGUCGACAACGCGGACGACACGCUGCCGCUGGGCGCCGAGGCGGGCUCGUACCGCGUCAAGGCCACGCUCAUCCAGCAACUGCAAGCGCCGCCACCAGUGGAAAAAACCAAGAGCUCGGAGAGCAGUGAGCCGCCGCUCAUGGAAGAGAGCCGGGCCCACGACAUGAUUUACCUCCCCAAGACGUCGGAAUUUGCGCACCAAGUACGCCGCAACGAGUACGACUACUACCCAUUUGGCGAGGACGCACAGUACGAGACGUCGUUGAAUACGGUCGACACCCUCCCGCUCGGCAUGGAGGCUGGCGCGUAUACCAAAGGCAAAUUGGAUGUCGCCGAGUACGAGCGCAAGCAGCGUCUCAAGGCCGAUCAAAUCAAGCACCUCGAUGUCAAGGUUCGGUUGGACCGACCGCCAGACCGGUAUUUUGAGCCCCGCGGGUAGUAUAUAUAAUGAGCUCGUUGCGGUAUUUGUAUCCUUG